AUGGGCUGGUUCAGCAGCGGUAAAAAGAAGAAAUCCUCCCUCUCCUGGAACAUUUUCGACCCGCCCAGCGCAUACAACCCAUCAUCAUCGCCCGCGCCGCCGCCGCCCCAUCGCCCCGCGCCACCACCACAGCAGUAUUCGGCACCACCGCAGCCAUAUCCGCGGCCACAUCCCCACCAGCAGCAGCAGCAGCAGCAUCCAUACCCAUACCGCAAUCCGCACGCAAGCUACUCCCAGCCUGCACUUCACUCGCAUCCCCCGCCAUGGCAGAGCGAGCCGCCGCCGCAGUCCCCGCCCCGGCUCGGCAUGGGUCGCUGGGCCGACUCGGUCAUGAACCUCGCCGACGGGGCGGUGCGGGACGUCUACGACGACGUAUCCGCGCGCCUCGACGACGUCAUGACGCGGAUCGACCGGGAGACGGUCUCGGCGACCGACGCCGCGCUAGUCCUCUGCCGCGGGGACAGCAGCAGCAGCAGUGACGACAUGGUUGCGGGCGCGGAACCUGAAAUCUUGGACCGCGCCCUGGGCGGCCGUCCUCGAACCAAAUCCGCAGGCGGCAAAGACAAAGGCAGCCGCUUCAGCAAGGUGGAAAUGUACGCCAACUCCAAGCUCCCCCUGCAGCUCGCCCCGCUGGCGCUAUACAUGCCGACGUGGCCGCUCCUCUGCCUCGCCGCGCAGUACUCCUCGCAGGUAUACACGCCCACGUCCUCGACCGAGGAGACAUACUCGGCGUCGGACUGGCGCGCCGGCACAAAGGCCAUGUGCAUCAAGUCGGUGCCCAUGGACCACGCCUCGACCAUCGUCUUUGCCAUCCGCGGCACCUCGUCCUUUAUGGACUGGGCCGUCAACCUCUCCACCGCGCCAUCCUCGCCCGACAACUUCCUCGACGACGCCGGCAACCUCUGCCACGCGGGCUUCCUGUCCGUCGCGCGCAACAUGGUGCGGCCCGUCGCCGCCCGCCUGCGCCGGCUGCUCGAGGACGACCCCGGCCGCGCGGCCUACAGCCUGCUCAUCACCGGCCACUCGGCCGGCGGCGCCAUCGCCGCGCUGCUGUACAUGCACAUGCUCGCCACGGCGCCCGGCACCGGGAGCGAGCUCAACCUGCUCGCGGGGUGCUUCAAGCGCAUCCACUGCGUCACGUUUGGCGCGCCCCCCGUCAGCCUGCUGCCCCUGCAGAAGCCCGCCGCCGGCAACCCGCGGCGGCUGCGCAAGUGUCUCUUCCUCGCCUUUGUCAACGAGGGCGACCCGGUGGUGCGCGCCGACAAGGCCUACGUCAGGAGCCUGCUGGACCUGCUCACCAAGCCCGCGCCGGAGAGGGAGCUGCUGCCAGAGGGGCGGCCGCCGCCGCCGGCGGGGGAGAGGAGGCGGUGGCGGAGCGACGACGGCACGCCCAGGCUGCCGAGGCGGCGGCACAGGCAGGCGCGCUGGCCCGUGCCGGCGUGCACGCUGAGCAACGCCGGGCGGAUCGUGGUGCUGCGCAGCGGCGAUCCCAUGGCCGUCGGCAGAGGCGAGCGGAACAUCGAGGAGCGGCUGGCCGAGGGCGUGCAGGCGGUGACGUGCGAGGACGAGGCCCUGAGGGGCGUGAUCUGGGGCGAUCCAGUCGCGCACAUGAUGGGGCUGUACGCGGGGAGGAUCGAGACGCUGGCGGUGGCGGCGGUCAUGGGGAAGCGGUAG